AUGGCAGGGAGCGUAACUUGUGCCACUGAGACACGUCUGGCAGAAUGGGGGUUUUCUAAAAGAGAAGUGACGAGUCUGUCAGAACAAUGGUAUAAAGCGACAAUUUCAUGUCUGAAUGAGGCUGAGUAUACAUCAAACCCCGAUAUGUACUCUAUUCAUGCUCUUGCAACGUUGAGCAUGUCCGCGCAUCCUCUAGGCCACUCCCAAGAGCUGUCAGUACUGUUAGGCGCUGCCUUGAAGAUUGCCCAGCGUUUAGGGGUUCAUCGCCUUCAUCAUGACCCGGCCCUGGAAAACAUCUCCGGCAACUCAAAAGAAGAGCAAAGGCAUAAGCUACUGAAGCGCGAAAUUGGUCGAAGGCUUUGGUCUUUUCUCUGCAUCAAUGAUUGGAUGUCUCUUCCAUUUACCGAUUCCCACUAUAUCAACCCGCUUCAUUUUACGACCAUCAAGCCCUCAAGCCGAAACCACUUAACAAUGGAUCCUAUAACACCCACUUUCCCGACAUAUACAAGCUACGGAAACUAUCUUUAUGAAAUUGCAAAGCUCAUGGUCAACCAUCACGAUGCCAUGCUUCAAGCAACAACGCAGUUUACGUUGUAUGAGACUGUCAUGCAGUAUGACUCACGAAUUCGCACACUAGCGACACAAGGAAUACCACGAUAUUUUCACGUAGUAGAGCCGAUUGACCCAGCCUGGCCUCCGUGGAUAAUCUGGGCAAGGAAGAGUUUAACAAUAUGUUUCGCGCACAAGAUCAUCAUGAUCCACCGUGCCUUUAUCAGAAAAAGCUUCACAGAUCCGGCGUACGCUGUCACGCGCCGCACCUGUUUAGCGGCCUCUAAGACAAUUUUAAAUGAAGCCAAACAUAAGGGUGUCGAUGGCCCUAUUAUCUGGGUUGACAAAGCCUUUUGCGUCGCUGCUGGUGUCAUCUUGUGCCUUGAUAUCUUUCAUCGGUCGGAAACCGAAGUCGAGUUCCGGACACACCGUGAUCUGGUGACAAACUGUAUAUCGAUGCUUCAGAAAUUCGAAACCAGUGCCAUCGCUGUUCGAGGGGUGAUUAUAUUGUCUGCUCUAAUUGAGGAGAGAGAGAGGCUGGCCUCGAAAAUGAUAUGGCCACCACAGAGUACCUACAUUUCCGACAUUAUUGAAUCUCUGGGCACAGUGCGAGACUCACUGUACGCUGUGUCUUCUGAGGCUGCAAAUGCACUUCCGGAGCUUUUACCUCCACAAGCUGGCUUCUCCAAUCGCUUUUUGUUUGAGGACCUUUUGCAAUAA